AUGGCAUAUUUAGAGAAAAUAAGAGAGGCACAGAGGGGUGGAGGCCCAGCCACCAUACUAGCCAUUGGCACUGCAACUCCAUCCAAUUGCAUUUACCAGUCUGAUUUCACCGAUUAUUACUUCCGAGUCACCAAGAGUGACCACAUGACUCAACUCAAGGCCAAGCUCAAGCGCAUAUGUGAUAAGUCAAUGAUAAAGAAACGAUACGUGCACUUAACCGAAGAAAUCCUGAAAGAAAACCCCAACAUAAGCACUUACAGUGAAUCAUCCUUGGAUGCGCGACAAGACAUCUUGGUUGAGGAGGUACCAAAGCUGGGAGAGAAGGCAGCAUCAAAAGCCAUAAAAGAAUGGGGAAGACCCAAGUCAGAGAUAACUCAUUUAAUAUUUUGUUCAACAUCGGGUGUAGACAUGCCUGGUGCUGAUUAUCAACUCAUCAAACUCUUAGGCCUCAAACCUUCCACCAAAAGGAUCAUGCUAUACCAUCAAGGUUGCUUUGCUGGUGGCACCGUGCUUCGUCUUGCCAAAGACCUUGCUGAGAACAAUGCUCAUGCACGUGUCCUCGUUGUGUGUUCCGAGAUCACUGUUGUCACCUUUCGUGGACCCUCCGAAACGCACUUGGAUUCCUUAGUGGGCCAAGCUCUCUUUGGUGAUGGUGCUUCAUCCGUCAUCGUUGGAUCUAACCCUGACCCCUCCAUCGAACGACCCUCAUUUCACCUUGUCUCGGCUUCAGAGACCAUUCUACCCCACUCUGAGGGUGCCAUUGAGGGACACUUGCGCGAGGUGGGACUCACGUUUCAUCUCAAGGACAAUGUUCCUCAGUUGAUUGGAGAGAACAUUGAGAAAAGCCUUGAAGAAACCUUUCACCCGCUUGGAAUCAACGAUUGGAACUCGUUGUUUUGGAUAACCCACCCUGGUGGCCCUGCAAUCUUGAAGCAAAUUGAAGCGAGUCUUGGGUUGAAGGCAGAGAAACUAAGAGCAACUAAACAGGUUCUGAGUGAGUAUGGGAACAUGUCGAGUGCAUGUGUCCUGUUUAUAUUGGAUGAGAUGAGAAGGUGGUCCAUGGAAGAAGGGAAAGACACAACUGGUGAGGGACUAAAGUGGGGCGUUUUAUAUGGGUUUGGCCCUGGCUUGACCAUGGAGACCAUCGCUUUGCAUAGCGCUACCAUAGACCACGGCCACUAG